CGGAAAAAUGAAUUUGACAGAUCUUCCGCCGGAGGUUUUGACGUUUAUUUUGUCAUAUUUAAAGGGAAAGGAUUUAGCUAGAAUUUCUCUAUCUUGCACUUUAUUGCGAGAUUUAUCAAAUAGCGGAAUAUUAUGGCAGCAGCGAUGUUUAAAAGAGUUCAAGUUUACCGAUGUUGAAGGCUGGUCGUGUUCAUUUAGAGAAGUUUAUUCGAAGGUUCUAAAUAACUACGGAUUUCUUCUUGGACUUAAAAGGAGAAGAACAGAUUGCUAUGGUGGUUUGGUGCAUAUAACUUACGAAAAAGGUCGAAUAGUGGCGUACGAGUAUUUUGGUAAAAAAGACAUAAGAGACAAUUUGGAGAGAAUUCGGCUGUUUAGCAUUAGUUUCGUUGAUGGCAAUGUCAACGUUACAUGGUAUCGACGUCAUCUUGACGUUGACGUAACGUGUACUAUUGAAAAGGAAGAUGUCAAUGGGGACAGUUUUCAUGUACAACUCGGUGAUUCUUCACACCCAGAUAGGGGUCAGAUUGAAGAGGUAUUGCGGCGGUUUCGCGCAGAGUGUGACUUGCGGGGUAUGCAUGGGAUGAACAGCCUUACAGACCAACGAUUCAAGGAGAUAGUCCAGUCAAAACAAGUAUUUGAAAGACUGCGCAUGCCUGCUAUCACAGGUACUUUUGGUUCCCAAUUUCCUAUUGGACCCGGCUUGUUUAAAGGGAUGUACAGUGCACUGUUAUUGUUGACGUACGACAUGGAGAAACAGAAGGCGUUAGCAUCAAAAAUAUCGGGUGACAGCAAUGUUCCCGCGGGAGAGGUAAGUAUAGAGGUCAAUCUACAGAAACCAAUGGUGUUGACUGCAGAGCAACAGCAGUCACAUGCCAGUAUCCGUGCACUAAACCCAGAUGACCCGCCCCCGAUUCUGGGAGAAGAUUGUGAUACAUUCAGACAGCCGUUUCAUGAUCCUACAAACUUUGGCCAAACCGAUGGGUUCGAUCCACCCACGUUUUGUUUAUGCAGAUACCAUGCCCUGGGCACCGUGUCACCCACUGGCUACACUGACCCCCAACAAAUCCCCGUGCAUUUCAUGGUUUUUAAUGAGGAGAUGUUUGGAGUUAUGUGGAUUGGCCUUCAUCACUUUUCCCUGUACGUUAAAGUCAAGGAGCAGUUUGAAACCUACGAGCGAUGACCUUUUCACUUGCGAAUAUACGUGGAGCUUUCUCAGGAACGUUGGACAUGUUUAUUUGCAGUUUUGUGGUCAUAGCAAUAUCUAAAAAAAAACAAUUAUUUGACUCCAUUUUUAUAUACUAUACAUGUUACAUAUUUCUGAAAAUUUACAUGAGGUUAAUGUGGGAAAAGAGUUUUAUUUUUAGAAAUGCUGAUGAGAAUAUGUGCGUUUCCAUGUAUGAAAAUGUCUGGGACAUGUUAUUUUCAUAUACUCCCUUUUGAUGAAGAGAGACAAAUGUACCCCCCCCCCCUUUCGACGAAAGGAGCUAAACUGUAGUUUAUCUUUAUUCUUUUUCUUUAUUUUAUCCUCCUUCUUUUUCUUCAAACAAUAUAUGUCCAGAGCAGAGCUCAGAAUUGACCUGAUGAAAUUGCUUGGAACUUGGACCAUAUAUAGAUGGCAUUACCAAGUUGUGUUCCUAGUAAUAAUUAUAACUCUUGGAUACUUUGUUGCAUAGUUAUAUUCCCUUGUUCAAUAUGUUAAAGCAGAUUGUGUCCAGGGCAUUGUUCAAAAGCAAUGAAUUCAUUUUUUGAUCAUUUAUAUGUAACAACAUUGAAUUGUACACCACGUAGUCUUUUCAACUGUUAGGCAAUUUUGCAGUUAUCUCCCUUCUUUGAAUGUCUUCAGAAAAAGAUGGCUGAAACAUCGCUCUGAAACGAAUAGAAGAAAUUAUUUUGAUCUGCACAUUGAUAUAUGGCAAUGGGAAGUUGUGCUUAAAUCUGCAAUCUCACAGAUUUACCCUUUUUACAACUUUUUUUAUUUUUUAUCUUGGAAAGAGCAAAUUUUUGCGUUAAUAUCUGCAAACCAAUGAUAAAAGAUUGCUGACAAAAGACCAGAUCUCAGAUUUUCAUUAUUUCCGUUCGAAAGUUAAUGUUUUAUUGUUUAAACCGUUACUAACGAUUUAAGAAAAAGCAUAAAACAUUAUUUUUUUAACUUAAAUAUAACAAUCUGCGAUCUAAUUUUUGUCAGCAGUCUUAUAUUACUGGUUUCCUUGUAUUUUCGCAAAAAUUGGCUCGUUCCAAGACAAAAAAUAAAAAAGUUGUCAAAACGUUCAAUCUGUGAGAGUGCAGCUUUAACGCUAGGACACAUACUAACAAAAGUUACCCCCUCCCCCUGUUCUUCGCUUCUAAUCAAACAAAGUUGUCUAAAGCAUAACUCAGAAACUACUGAAAGAAAUUGGGAAUUUAAUUAUUUAAGCUUUAAACAUAGAUAGGGGCGUCAAAGGUCUUAAUCAAUGACUACGGAAUAGAAUUCUAUUAAGCUCAUAACAUUAAUAAAUUACAAUGACAACUUGUAAAUUAUGCAAUAAUUAUAACGAUUGGACCCAUUAUUUCAAAGGAAUCUCCCAUUUUACUUCGAUUUAUUUUCCAAUAAAAACUGUCGUUGAUAUUAAUCUGAAACAAAUGGGAGGUAUUUUGCGACCUUUAACCUACAUUGAUAUUUUCCCUUGUAUGUUUCCUAUUUACUUUGUUCAUUUCUAAUUCUUUCACUCUUACUUACCAUUUUUUUCUAACAUGCUCUAGUUGGGACGGGGUGCAUAGGUUAUCGAAUGCUGCGCUUUGAAAAAAUAGUAUUGUCUUCAUAAAUGGUAUAUACGGAUUUAAAUUGUACCUUCAAGCAUGACAUCUGCUACGCUUUAUACAUCGUGGCUUAUUAGUUAUUGGUUAAAACGAUUAAUUUCAUGUCCAUCUUUGCCAGAAUCUUUUCGUACCAUGUUUGGGGAAAAGGGGUGUCUGUGAUAUAUUAUAUGCUUAUUAUUAUUUAUGGGGGGAUUUAAGGUAUUCUUAUGUUAUAGCUUUGAGCGUGUCCGUCGAAGGGGUUGCGUGUUCGAGUCCCGGUCGGGGCGUUUCUGAAUAUUCAGCCUAAACUCGAACUCUGUUAGCUCGAUGUUCUAGUUAUGUCGAACUUUUUUCGAUUUUUUCUCAGUGAAGUUAUACACUUCUGGUACUUCGGUUAUAUCGAGUGUUCGUUAUCUCGAAGUAUUGUAUUUAAAAUAUUUUCUGCUUGAUAUUCAGGAGACAUUAUCUGGACAAGUUCUUUGCAAAGUAAUAAGCAAAUAUACGGAACACAUUACUUAUUCUUAUACUUAAUAUGUUAUAUUAAUAGUUAUAUAAAUGAUUUAAAUGUUACCGUAAAUUGCAUAUUUAAAUAAAAUCAUUUAGCUUUUAUUUUGAACGAGGUUUAUACAUUGGUUGAGUCACCAUUUGGUACCUUUGAACUGUUUUCACAUUAAGCCCAACACCAUGUUUUCCUUCAAAUGUGUUUUAAAUGGUUUCAUUGAUUUUGAUAAACGUGUAGGUAUCAUUGUAUUGAUAAUGGUUUUGAAACGUACCGCAGUCUAAAAGGCAAUCUCACACGAUGAAAAUAUUUUUGUUUUAAUUAAAAAUAACGUCAUAACUAAGUUACCAAAACAAUAUUGUUCCUACAAAAAAAUUACGCUCGACCAUAUUUUUCUUUUGCAUUAGCGUUCUAAUACUAUGUACAGCAUUGAAACAAACUAUGAACGUGUUCACUCACAUGUUGUGAUUUAAGUGCAAUAAAGAUCUUUUGUAUUAAUGACAAAUAAGUAGAAGGUUUCUAACAUAAUUAUAACCAGAGGUUUAGAAUUUAUGGUAUUGUUAAGUAGUUUAUGGACUGAGAGACUUGCGUAUUGAAUAUAUUUUGUGAACCAAGUUAUUUACGUAGCGGCUUUUUGAAACCAAUCAUGGUAUCCUAUGAUAUUUGGGAUGUUCUUCUUUGGAUGUGCAUACAUACCAGGGGCGGUUAUAGGAAUUGACGUUAGUGGGGGGGCGUAAUGAUUAAGGGGUGUAACCUUUUGACUGGCGCCUCUGCCUCUGUCUCCGAAAUAUAUUUGGUUUAAAAUGUUGA